AGGAGCUUCCGGGGUAAGCGGGAGGGCAGGCAGGGACGCAAGGCUGUGCCGCGGCGAGCUGCGGAGCGCGGCCGCCGGCGGGGUCAGUUCAUUCUGCUGACUUCUGCCAGACACAUUGUUAGGUGUAAAACACAGCCUGCACACUCACAAGGAAGCUGAAAAUAAUAUUGAAGAUAAACAGACUUAAAGAAGGUUCUGAACCAUGGACAGCCUCAGUGCAGCAAAUACCACUUUUGCACUCGACCUCUUAAGAAAGCUAUGUGAAAACAACAGCACACAGAACCUGUUCUUUUCUCCUUUUAGUAUUUCUUCUGCUCUGUCUAUGAUUUUGUUGGGUUCAAAAGGUAACACUGAAGCCCAGAUAGCAAAGGUGCUUUCUUUGAGCAAAGCUGAAGAUGUUCACAAUGGGUAUCAAUUACUUCUUUCUGAAAUUAACAAUCCAGAUACCAAGUAUGUGCUCAGAACAGCUAACCGGUUAUACGGAGAAAAGACAUUUGAAUUUCUUUCCUCAUUUACAGAAUCAAGUCAGAAAUUCUAUCAUGCUGGACUAGAACAAACUGACUUUGUGCAUUCUUCAGAGGAUUCCAGAAAACAAAUAAACGAUUGGGUAGAAAAAAAGACUGAAGGUAAAAUUCAGAACCUGUUGGCUCAGGGGAUUAUUAAUUCAAUGACCAGACUUGUGUUGGUGAAUGCCAUCUAUUUCAAAGGCAACUGGGAGAGCCAGUUCAACAAAGAGAAGACGGUGGAAAUGCCAUUUAAAAUUAACAAGAAUGAGAGUAAACCUGUGCAGAUGAUGUUCAAGAAAGAUAAAUUUAACAUGACCUAUAAUGGGGACUUCCAGACCAAAAUCCUUGAGCUCCCUUAUGUUGAUAAUGAACUCAGCAUGAUCAUCCUGCUCCCCGAUGCAAUCCAGGAUGGAUCCACUGGCUUGGAAAGUCUGGAAAGGGAACUUACGUAUGAGAAGCUGAUGGAGUGGAUUAAUCCUGAAAUGAUGGACUACACAGAGGUGAAGGUGUCUUUACCCAGAUUUAAACUGGAAGAAAAUUAUGAUUUGAAACCCAUUCUGAGCAGCAUGGGAAUGCCUGAUGCGUUUGACUUGAUGAAGGCAGACUUCUCAGGAAUCUCAUCUGGCAACGAGUUGGUGCUCUCUGAAGUGGUUCACAAGUCCUUCAUAGAAGUCAACGAAGAAGGCACUGAAGCGGCAGCUGCCACAGCAGGAGUGAUGAUGCUGCGCUGUGCAAUGAUCGUUCCAGAAUUUACUGCUGAUCAUCCCUUCUUCUUCUUCAUCCGGCAUAACAAAACUUCUAGCAUUUUGUUCUGUGGCAGGUUUUGCUCUCCCUAAAAAGAUGUCUUGGCAGAAUAGCCACUAUUACUCCAGGAAGUUUGUUUCUUCACAAUACGAUUGCUCUUUUGCACUAAUUGCAUUUUUCAGUAGUGCCUGAAUCCACUUUUGUCAUCUUCAUCUCAAGCUUGAAUAGAAUAACAGAGCCACUUAGAAAUGUAUAGCAACUGCCAUUAAAAACAACCCUUUUAUCCAGUGUGCUUAAAUACAGAGUUGUCUAACACCCUAAAGGCAUAAAAACAACCUAUUUGCUCAGUGAAUGCUUCUGUCUGUGCUUGUGGUUGCUACUGCACUUCACUUUUUCUGGCCACUAGACAGUGAGUCAGAGAGUGAUGUCUCAUAGAAAAGGAAAAAAUUAAUUUCAUUUCUGACUAAGUCGGAGCUUAUUUCCCACCCUUGCCCCUUUUUUCUUUCGAUUCCAGUCUUUUUUUCUUUUUCUUUCCCCCCAGACAGAUCCUUAAAAAUUUUCAUGGGGCCAGGAUCAGUGUUUUAUUGCCAUCUGACACUAAGGUUUAUUAGCUAUGUGUACAUCACAGUCCUCUCAUGGAGUAGGACAGAUAUCUCCAUCAUAACAUAAAAAGCAUGUAAUUUAAUAAAAGGCAUACGAGGCCUAUACAAUAUUUAAAUGCCAAACCUUUAUUUUUUAUAGCUUUAUCUUUUUUCCUAUUCAUGUUUUGUUUAACAAGCUUAGUAAAUAAUACCAAAGAAUGAAAUGAUUUUCCAAAUACAAGGUUUUUUUUAGCUGUUUCUGUUUCUGAAAUAAUAAAAGAACUAAUUGUGA